CUGUUAUAAAGUGUACAUGUAUAGUUGUUUAAAACUCUCCCAUGAGUUCAUAUUCUUUAAAACUCCCUUUUCAAAAUAAACAAGUUAUACAUACUAUAUAUAAUAAUAAUAAUAAUAAUCUCUGUUUAUACAUAUCUCUCUCAUGCUUCUUCAACCUAUAUGUAGGUGGAGAGAGUAGUGCAGUUCCAAUAGUACUAUAGAAAUAAGUGAUAACAAAGAUUUUGAACUUUUGUUUGUAAUAAUAAUAGAUUAAAGAGAAUAGGGAAAAACUAAAUAGAUGGAAGGGUAUGAUGAGUACAAGCCAGCAAUGGCUAUGUUUGCAUUACAAUUUUCUUAUGCAGGAGUUGCUCUGUCCACAAGAGCUGCUUUACUACAAGGAAUGAGUCCAAGUGUUUUUGUGGUCUAUAGACAAGCCAUAGCUACUUUGGUCAUUGCUCCAUUAGCUUAUUUCACAAGAAAAAAAUCAGGAGGGUCUUCAAUGGGAUUAAGAAGUUUUGGCUUAAUAUUUUUGGCUUCAUUAAUAGGUGUAGCAAUCAAUCAAAAUAUUUAUUUUCAAGGUUUAUACUUAGCCUCUUCAUCAAUGGCAAGUGCUAUGUCAAAUCUUGUCCCAGCUGUCACAUUUCUAAUUGCUUUCAUUCUUGGAUUAGAGAAGGUGAAGAUUCGAAGUUUGAGAAGCAUAGCAAAGAUUGUAGGAACUAUGUUAUGUGUGGGUGGUGCCAUGUCAAUGGCAUUGGUCAAAGGCCCUAAGCUCUUUAAUUCUGAGUUACCCAUUAAUAAUUCUUUAUUUGGAUCUGGAAGUAGUGGUGAUGAUCAUUGGAUAUUGGGUUGUAUAUUACUCUUUGGAAGCUGUUGUUGCUGGUCCAUUUGGUUAAUUCUACAGGUUCCUGCCUCAGCAAGCUAUCCUGACCACCUUUCCUUAUCAGCUUGGAUGUGUUUCAUGGCCACAAUACAAUCAGCAAUAAUAACACUUUUUAUAGAGAAAGAUAUGGAGGCUUGGAAGCUCACCACUGCUAUGGAACUUGGCUGUUCUUUUUUCUCAGGAAUAGUAGGAUCUGGAGUCUCAUUCUUUGUUCAAGCAUGGGUCAUAUCUCAAAGGGGUCCCCUCUUCUCUGCUAUGUUCAAUCCUUUAUGCACUAUUAUAGUCACCAUUUUGGCUGCUAUAUUUCUUCAAGAGAAGAUUUAUACUGGAGGAUUGGUAGGUGGAAUUGGUGUCAUCAUUGGUUUAUAUAUCUUGUUAUGGGGCAAAGCCAAGGACUUUGAUCCCAAUCUACACAAAAAUACUAGUUUUCAUGAUCAGAGGGAACAACAUAUUGAUGAUGAUGAUGAUCAAUGUUUGGAGAAGGGAAGUCAUCAUCAAGUUGAUUUAGAAGAACCCCUUUUAUCUGACCAAAACCAAUAAUCUCUUAAUAACAUAUAAUAAUGUCAAAUGUAUUUACUUAUUUGUUAUUAUUAAUUAUUAUUUUUAAGAUCACUACAUAGCUAAUAUAUUUGUGUUCACAUAGAGGAUUUCUAAAUUAGAUUUUCAUAUAUAUGGAUGCAUGCUUAAGUGACAGCUUUUAGAGCACUCUUAUUCUUAUUCUAAUUUACAGAUUAUUUAAAUUAUUUGAAGAAUCAAAAUAAAAAUAUACUACAUCGAUCGAUGUUUUACAUUA